AUGACGUGUUUGGAGUUUGUCACAGCAGACAAAUAUCCUCAGGGGGCUUCAAUAAUCGUGGUUGUGGGAUUCUUCUGGAGUCCAGUUUUUGCCAAUGUCCAGGUUUACAGCAUCCCAAGCAGCAACGGCGAUUAUGUCCAGCAAACAGUGAGCAUCGAUAAUGAGAAUAAAAUCGCCAUCAUCCAUGUGUACGGAGGGCUCUGCUCUUCCGAUACAAUUUUUGACUACAAACAUGGAUACAUUGCCUCCCGGCUGUUCUCCCGACGAGCCUGCUUUGUUAUGAAGAUGGAAAGAGGGUACAUUCCAGAGCUGGAAGAAAUUGGACGUUUAGCUUAUGAGAAACAGAUGAUGAACCAGAUGUUGUCCCCCAAAAACAUGUGGGUGAAAUAUGAACCCAGUAACUCUUUCUUCGGAGAAAUGAGGGAGUGGCUUGUUUUUGGGAGUUCUAUUGAGCACCUCUGCAGGGACGUGCCUGUUUACAAAGUGGAAAGGACUGAGCGUGGAAUUCAUGCCGGUGGCUGUGCCAAGGCAGGCCUCCUAGGCAUUUUGGGCAUUAGCAUUUGUGGAGAUAUUAACCUGUAG